AUGACCGAAACAGUGGAGCUGCCAGCGGAGGGGAAUUCUCUGAUAAGAGCCCUCUGUCAGAGCCACCUUCUCCUCACCAGGCUGUUACGAGAGGGUGGCAAUGACAGAGGUGAAACCCCUUUAAUGAUUACUUGUAGGACAAAACAUAUGGACUCCCAGAGCGUCAACAAGGCAAAGACGGUUAAACAGGAAAACAAGGCUGACCCGAACACACAGGACAAAUCUGGAAAGACAGCUUUGAUGCACACUUGUCUGGAAAAAGCAGGCCCUGAAGUGGUAUUUCUGCUCCUGAAAGGUGGAGCUGACCCAAGGCCGGAAGAUCACUCCAGUUACUCUGCACUUGUGCAUGCAAUAAACUCUGAAGACAAAGAGACCCUGAAAGUUCUUCUUAGUGCCUGUGGGGCUCGAGGGAAAGAAGUCAUCAUCAUCACAAUGGACAAGCACCCCUCGGGAAAGCAGAAAACAAAGCAGCACUUAAACGUGCCUCCUGCAGACCUGGACGAAUGCUGUUCUCCAAUUGCUUGCACUUCCCAGUCGGAAAUAGAACUGAAAACAUCUCGAUCCCCACUUUGAAGUCCAAAUAAAACUGAAAAAGCACUCUUCAGCUUUAAAGAGCUGGAUCAUCCAAGAAACGUGGACAACUCCUCUCAAAUGGUUUCACCAACGAGAAAAUCCAGCUCAACAAAAGUAGGGUCCGAGCCGGCACAAGUGCAGCUGCUACUGUCUGAGCAUUGGAUAAGGAGCUCUCUGUCACUGUUUCACCAGAAUAAAAUUGCCUCUUUACAAGAACUUCAGGGUAUCACUCCAGAAGAAGAGCUCUCUUUUAAAAUCAAUGGCCUUGCCUCAUCAAAGAGGUUCAUCACCAGGCACCAAAGUAUUGACAUAAAAGACACUGCUCAUUUAUUGAAAACCUUUGAUCAGAUCGGAUCAAGGAAAUUAUCAUACAAUGAGAUAAACUCUCAGACUCCGUAUCAUGAAGAUAAACAUAGCUCCAGUGGCAUUCCUAUGGAUAAGGAUUCCAGUUUGGGACAAAUCAGCUUUAUUUCAAACCUCAGCAGUAUUAUCCAGAAAAGAAAUUUAGGAGCAAAUCACUACAGCUCUGAUUCUCUGUUAACUACUAGUCUGAGUCCUGCUGCUGCAGAAGACAUUAAGUCAGUGACAGGAAAGAAAAAGCUUCUUUCUCCAUCUCACUUUUUGUUAUCAAGUUAUAGAGAAGUCCUGGAGAACAUGCCUCCUAUUAUUCUGAGCAGGAGAAAUCAAGCUUUUCUAGAAAGACAGGCUUCAGGAGCCUUCUUGUUGGAUCACAUUGCUCAGACAAGACCGGGUUUUCUUCCACCACUUAAUGUGAAUCCUCACCCCUCAAUUCCAGAUAUUGCUUUCAUAAACAGGGUUUCUGGGAUGAUUUCUUGUGGACAAAAGCACUCAACACCAGCAGCACCGGCUUCCCCUAUCAAAAAUAUGAAAAUGCUACUGAGGAGGCAAUUACAGACUGAGCAGAUUAAGCAAUUAGUGAAUUUUUAA